ACUGGCCACGUAUUAUGUCAUGAGGCGUCCCUUCAGCUUAACGUGACUCAGCACUGCAGGGAGGGAGGGAGUAAACGUGAGUCAGCAGCUUCAGCGCCUCCACACGGACUGCAGACACUUACGUGAGACACAAUGGAUGGUGAAGCAGACACACCGAUUGGAUGCAGCCAGAGAGAAAACAAAAGGUCAUACAAAGACCUUCUGAUAGAUGAAGAGGGCUUGGAGGAAGCCAAGUCAGAUGCAGAGGAACAAAUCACCAAAAGGCCUCACAAGGAACCAAAGGGCUCCCCAAACAAGAAGAUGAAACAUACAGAUGAUACAACAGCUUACCCUGAACUACAUGGAGCAGAGUCCUCGGGUUUUGCCCCUGCAUAUCCAAUUUGUGUGUCACAACACUUAUGGACAAUGAAAGGAGAAGAAGAGAAUAUGCAAGACAACUUGUUGCAUCCAGGUUGCACAGCAGAGGGCAGCACUGCCCAGGUAAUUGUACAUUUUUGUCUACUGCCAAAUUCAUUCCUGAUUUUCUUUGUAUCAUCACUAUUUUUACCUUUCUAUUUGUCCCAGAGAACAUCAAGUCCCAUGUUGGAGUACAGGGUGUAUUUAGAUAACCAGCACAACAUGGCAGACCGUCACGUGAACAGAACUGUCAGUACUUCUGUCCCUCCAGUCAGAGAUGGGUCUUGUCUGUCUGUACCCAUUCCUGGUUCAGUGACAACCACUGCUACUACAGUGAGCUCCAGGGUGUCUAGUUUCAUGACGGACACCUGCGGUCCCACUGGCUCUGUGUGUGAUGUGAUCAGUUCAGCCUGGAACACAUUCAGCUCCACAUCCAGGAGUCUUCACCACUCUGACCAGGAUCCUGUCAGUGCUGCAGCUCACCUGCACCUCCUGGGCGAAUCUUUGUCCCUCAUAGGACUCCAUCUUCAAGAGACAAAUAAAAUGGUGUGUAUGUCAAGCGGCUUCUCUCUCCUCUUGGAUUCGCUGCUGUGUGCUCUGGCUCCACUGAUCUGCCUCACCGCCCAGAUACCUGAGCUGAAGAGCUGCACACAACACACACUGGGUUCUACUCUGGAGAACAUUGCUUAUGUGAUGCCUGGACUGUGACUGAAGACAGAAGACCCCACUGGUUGUAUAUGACAAAGCCCCAUUAGUUUACACGUGGGAAAUAAGUUUAAUCAGAUUUAUUUUGUUGUAAGACAAUAUUUGCACUUUGCGCUAUUUAUUUUUGUAAGGAUUAUUUUUGUUUAAUAGGGGACUUUUUUGAUUUGCAUUACUGAUUUAAUUAAAAUAUAUUUUUGAACAUUCAAUAACCAAACUUUCUUUUGUUCAUUUGAACAGAGACUCAGACAUCAUGUGUCACUGGAAAACAUUAGCAGUGUUUGGUUUAUUCACAGUGGGGCUUAGCCAUCAAAAGGUUUUGGUGCAGACACCUCAACAAUACAACCAUUAUAUUUAUGCUUUGAUAUUGUGUUUACACAUUAUAUAACAUUACAUAUUUACUUAAGACUGAUUCAAAAGUUCUGGAAAAAAAUACAAGAAGCUUAGACAACAAAUAUUUGUUGUGACACAGAAGCCACUAAUUUCUAGGACUGGAUCCAAAUAUCCAAAUAUCCGAAUAUUCGGUCAUGACUGUGGUAUCCGAAUAUUUAUUUUGAGAUCCGAGUAUUCGGAUCCUCCCCCACCCCCGUCAGAUCUCAUUUCUGCAUUUAAGACUUUAUUUAUGAAGUGUUUUGUAAGACGUUUAUGAGGGCCGUUAUCGGUAAUUGCUCCAAUAAUCAAUACAUUUAAUAGCUGUGAUUAUAUAAAAGGAUCUGAAGAACUGAUGGAUUAUGCUUCAAAUUCUACAGUUUGUAGAAAAAAAAGUGCAAAGUACUAUUGUGAGAAUUCCUAUCCGAAGGCGUCACAAGCAAAGUGACGUUCAUCUUUGAUUUAUUCUGUCUUGUAAAGUUGUCAUGUUAGUUUGUUAAAUGCCUUCACGCCUGACUCGGCAUGGCAACAAAGUAUUUCAGCAGUGUUAACCGGCUGUAAUCCUUAGCAGCGAUAAACUAUGAAGGACAGCUCCUUUGACAGACAUCAAUGAGUUCUGACACGUCAUAGGUGUGUCAG